UAUAGUUGGUACAAUGUUGAUGGAUAAAAUGUUGACUAUAGAUAGAGUAUUAAGCUGUCUGCUUAUAUUCAGUUAUGUAUAUUUUGUAUUGGGAUCCUUGAAUGUGGCUCUUAAUAAACCAACAUGGCAAACUUCAACGUAUGAUGGGGCCGUAUCAACUAGAGCUGUGGAUGGUAAUAUGAAUCAAGUUUGGACUGGUAGAAGUUGUGCGGCCACUACUAACAAAGGAGAAAGCGAGUGGUUUUGUGUGGAUCUAAAACAGAGUUUUGAUAUCAGUAGUAUAAAGAUAUUUAACGUAUUAGAUGGUGGUCGCGUCCACAUCAAAGGAUUUGAGAUUAGACUUAGUUCUACUGGUCUCUGUGAUGAAGCAGGAUUUACAUCAGCUACACCAUGUUAUAAAGACCACACAUCAAUAGCGCAAUAUGUGUAUACCAUAGAGAGAUGUAAUCAAGCAUCUGUACCAUCAUUAUCGGCUAGAUUUGUUUUUGUGUCAGUUAAACGUGCACAUAUGCUCAUAUGUGAACUACAAAUAUUCACAGAAAGUUGUCCUGAUGGAUUUUACGGUACCAAUUGUAACCUUAGAUGUCCAGCGAAUUGUGCAGACAACGUCUGUGGGAAAAUGAUAGGAUCAUGUUCUAAUGGUUGUCAGGGAGAUCUUUAUGGUAACAGGUGUGAAUUGUCAUGUAGCACCAGAUGUAAGAAUGGUAAAUGUAAUGCCAGAACAGGGAAAUGUAUCGGAUGUAAAGAUGGUUACUAUAGUGAUGUGUGUGAAGAAUCAUGUUCUACCUGUAAUGGUCCAUGUCGACAAUUAGAUGGUGUUUGUUUGACUGGUUGUAAAGAUGGAUAUUGGGGAUGUAAUGGUUUGUGUCUACAGACAUGUUCCUACUGUAAUACAGGAGGCUGUAGAAUAGAAGAUGGCGUAUGUCAUAAUGGCUGUCAAGUUGGUUUCAACAAUCCGAAAUGCUUCAAUAAUACAAGUUAAGCUGGUGAUUUAAUUUCAGUUUGAGUAGCUUAACCUGCGCAGGCCAUUACUUAUACACGAAGAAGGUAAAAAGAAUAGCAACAAUAAAACAAUUGAUUUAUUGUGAAAAUACAUGUUUCUGUAUGUCAAUGUAACAUUUAACGAGAUUUUUUAUAUAAAAUAUAUAAAGUAGAAUUUCUGGUCGAUUAUGUUUUAAUUACCCUAAUUUUAAUAUUUGUUUUCAUGAUUACCAUACUAGCAUAUUCAAAUCAUUAUAUUAUUUUGUCACAAAUAAUAAUGUUUCAAAAUUAAAGUUUUUAGUUUGUUCCGUG